CCCUUACUGACACUCUUGUAGACACUCUCCCACCUUUUUGAGAGAAUGGCCAGUUCUUUACUCAAGCUUGCAGCCAUUCUCUCCCUAGUCUUUUCCAUCCUCCUAGCCCUGAACACUCAGAUCACCUUAUCAUCCGAUAUAGAAGACGAUGACGAAGAGUAUGUUCUUGACACCCCACUAGAAGAUUUCAGAUCAAGAAGCCGGUUCUUGGCAAGUGUGAUAAAGAAAGGUGCACGAUGCAACGCUGAGCGUAAUAACAUAUGUAAUGGCGUUUCAGCUAACAAGGGCACGGGCCUACUUUAUUGUUGCAAGAAACAUUGUCGGAAUGUUCUUGGAGACAAGAACAACUGUGGAAUGUGUGGUAACAAGUGCAAAUUUGCAGAGUCUUGCUGCAAUGGAAGAUGUACAAAUAUCAUUUCCAACGUUAAUCAUUGUGGAAAGUGCAACAAGAAGUGUGCUCCGGGGGUUAGAUGCCAGUAUGGAACAUGUGGGUAUGCUUAAAUGUAUUUAAUGGUACAAAGCACAAGUGUUCUUGGGCAUCACAGUUGAAGUUAACAAUAAAUGGAAGUUUUUUACAAUUAGAGACUAGUUUAUAUGGUUUUGGCAGUAUUUUCUUUUGCUUUAUUUUCACAAAGGGAAUUAGUGGGUGCAUGUUUUAUACUUAAAUCGUUCUCCAGUUGAGUAUACAAAAUCAUCAGUUUGUGCCACCAAUAAAGAAAGCCUGUAUGGAGGUGAUUCUCUGGUCUUCGAGAUCGUUUAUCCAUACGUAUGUAGUUACCAUAAUUCAAAGUUCAAACCAGAGGGAAUAUUGAUGUUUGAUAAUUGAUAAUUUCAUUUGCCAUUA